AUGGCCGCAGGUAUCGCGGUCGAGCUGCGGAUUCUGCGGUCGUUGAUGGAGGACAGACUCAGGGCGGUGAGGCAGAGAGAGAGAGAGGAAGGAAAAGCAAAAAAGGAAAAGAACAACAACGAGAACGACGACGAUGACGACCAAAGCGCAGCAGGCAAGAGACUGACAGACGGGCAAACACACGAUGAAGAGAGCGACAAGAAAGCUCCGCUUUUUGAGGACAGCAAAACCGCGUUCGUUGAUCCGAAGCGGCCCUGGCGAGAUGCAGGCGGACGGGUAGGAGCGCUGGGAGCAGAGGGGACGGGGGAAGAGAGGGUCGAAGAAGAGCCAGUCGAUCGAGCUAGAGAAGCAGAGCCAGGGGCACCAGAGAGAGAUAAUAAGAGAAGAAACAAGAGAAAGAGAGAGAAGGGAAAAGAUGAAGACCAAGGCAAAUUGAAGAACAGAAGAUCUGUUUUCAACUGGAGAUGGAUGUUAGCCGCUAGGGCGAGCCAGGUCCACACCAACACGCCUGGAAGGAAUGGAAAGGCAAAAAGUCAAGGGGACGGAGCAGGAUGGAAGGGGGGAGAGACGGCGUUGGUGGACAAGGGAGGGAUAAUAGCCACUGGGCGGCCGUUCAGUGACAACACUUCAGACAACGAGAUGAUGCAAGAUUAUGAUGCAGACGAUAGAAACCGCCCAGCAGAAAGAUCAGUUGGAGUCGAAGGCAGGCAGUUGGACCACAGCAGCCAAGCAACGCGGUGGGCUUAG